UGUUUUCAAGUUGAGAAAAUGGAAUAAUAAUUGCUGCCCAGCGAAAUCGGUUUGGGCCAAUUAUUCAAUAAAUGUUGUGUCACUUGGUUCAAAAAUUCCCUGGUGGUAAAAGAAGAAAACUGAACUGAUAUGGACGACGUGGGUGUCGUUGGGAUAUUAAUCUUCUACAUCAUGGCAGCGUUCUUUUUGGUUCUGGAAAUGGAUGUAAACAUCCGGUACUAGUACAGCAGAACGCACUUUUUUACUUGCUCUGUUGCCGUUGGUAGUUGGUGCAGUUGCAGAGGUUGACGAUGGCUGUGAUGUACAAGACUUCGUACGCUCUCCCCAGGUCUACUAUGAGCAGCGCAACGUUGCCGGCCUUCAAACGCAAGCGCAUAGAGCAGUGGUGUGACGAGGUAGCCAAGCACAUAAUGGCGGGUAGCCUCUGCCAAACCGUCAUGGAUGACCUACCCUUCUACCAAGACAACGCUGCGGAUCCCACCUCUCCCAGCACCGACCACACCGCGGCCUCUCGGGGUACGAACGAACUUCAGCUGCCGUCCAGCGGAAACGACACUAGUCAACCGACAACACGAGAGAGCUCGUUGAAUACCGUCCUCGGUCGACCAACUCGUGCACCGGAAGUCUGUAGCUGGUCUUUGGGUUCAAGGACGCCUGUCUACAGCCACUACCACGAGCAGCGGCGCAAAGUCGAGCGGUUGGUGCAGGGACUUCCCGUGCAUUCGACAGCACGAUCCGCUCGAAUGCCGCCUGCAAGCCGCACGCCGCUUAUCAGCGCAAGCGCGGAAGUCGUGCGGCUAGCAGAAGUCAGUCCACUGGAAUCGUGUCAUCAGCAGCAAGGACGAUCAACCUUCGAGACACAGGCGUCCCGACCUCGGACCAAGGGUCGCCCCCGCAUCAGCGGUCUGCAGCGUUCUCCUUCCGAGAAUUCGAACUGUUUCUGGUCCCGAUCGCGGAGUCCAGCUGCCAUUGCAAGUCGCCCUCGUGCAAGUCUCGCGUCCAGGUACGGUCUCCGGUCGUCCGCUGAUGUUGUCGUCAUCGAGGACAAUGCUCGAUGUAGCCACAGCAGUAACCUUCUUGGGUCCGGUAAGUUUCUGACUGGAACGUGUGAUGCAGUCAACAAGUCACGACCUGGCCACGUAGCCCAUCGACAACUGUCGGCGAGUAACCGGGGACAGAUGAUGACCCUACAAGUGCAUCCCUAGUCUUCAUUGCUCAGAAUUACUGGGCCGUUCAAAGUUACUAAUUAAGGACUGCAUCAACGUGUACAGUCACUUCUACGCAAAAUUCAUCCAUCUUUCCAUUGUGCUGCUUACUCAGUACUGUCUGAGCUAACCGGAAGUUUCUGAAGUGUGUGUCGAUGCCUUAUCACUGGUUGCACGACAAAUACCGACGUGACUCCGAUGUUUCGUUCCCCAUUCCUUUCAUGACUAUCUCUGAACUUUAGAAGAUUUAGAAUUGACUCCUAUCCAAGGUCUCUGUUUUUAACAUCCGGUUUGACAGCUCUAAUAUCUUGCGUAGGACAUAAUGCAAGAAUUUGUUGUUACAAUUUACAGCUAUAUGUUUUACUGACAUAACGAACAGAGGAGGGAGCUGGCGUGUAGUUCUUAUCUAAAAACAUUGGAACUUUCAAACUAAAACAUUUUUCUUCUAGUGAUGAGAUUUAUGUGAGACAUUUUUUGUCAACAGUUGUUGAACAGUAUGCUAUGUCACCAUCUUAUCGAAAAUACACCUGUGUAAACAUCA